GUACUAACUCUACUACAGGGGCCGAGUGGUAUUCCUGAGGUCCCUUCCUCAGGACUCCCCUCCCCUCCGACAAGCCCCCCCCUCGCCGCACUAACCUCGUCUAACGAGCUCGCCCUUCUGCCCAAGAGCAAGAAGCGCGAGAUCCCAGGCCGGCGCCUGGGUCGACGAGGGGGGGCAGCACUUUCGAUCAGGGAAGAAUGUGAGAGAUUCUUUUGCGAGUCCAUGAAGACGAUUUUCCACGGUGAGAGGAAUUCGUCCAUGAAUGGCUCCGGCCUGUCUGGUGCUUUUUUACCAACGCCGCCGUCCGAUGACCGGCUCCCCGAACACUUCAAGCCUGUUUCUGAUGACAAGCUACCUGCCUACAACGUUACUGCUUGGCUGGAGAUGUGGGACUAUGCCGGCGGAGCGAGCUUCCGUGCCUUUGUCGCUGAUGAUGGAGAGGAGAAAUCUCUCUUUGUCUUCUUCGAUAUCGAAGGCGUACUUGGCCGAGACCUGAAAAAGGCUCUGAUGGCACUUAUCGAACUGGCCGACGGUCCUCUGGACUGUGCCCAUAUCGUCACUUGCAUAGAUAGACGCAUCCCUGCUGACGACGUCCACUCUUUGACAAAGAGUCUACAGUGGGUUGGCUUCGACAUGGUUACUCUAGACCACUGGGCUCAUGGUCUUGAUGUCACGAGCAAGAAGUGGAUGUUGAUGGGCAUGGAGCUAUAG